AGACUAUCCUGUUUAAUAGUUAAUCUUUGGUUUCUUGCUAUAGGCUUGCGCGCUGCCUGCAAGCUGUCAGCUGUCACAUGCUGUCAUUUUUGAUUGUUUUUUGAUGAUUGCCUGACUGAGUGUGGUGUUUCUGUUUUCAUUUAUUUAUGAUGCAAAAGUGAAAUAACUUUUUAAUUUUAAUGUUUUAAUAUUACCUUUAAUGCGAUAUGCGAUGUUAUCUAGGUAUUAAAAACAAUGUGAUGUCUUGCUUUUUCUGAUAAAUAGAGCUUAAUUAUGUAAACACAAAAAUUUGUGCUCCAAAUAGGCCUAAAAGAUGACGAAGAAGUUCGAAUUUGAUUGGCAUAUCCCUGUUCCUGAGCCCCUUUUGACUGGAUGUGUAUUCGAUAGAUGGACUGAAGAACGGGAUAACGUUGAAGUGGAACAACGAGCAUUAUUUAAAGUCGAUGAAUAUGGCUUCUUUAUUUACUGGAAGAGUGAAGGAAAGGAUGGUGAUGUCAUCGAGCUUUGUCAAGUAAGUGACAUCAGAGCAGGGGGCUUACCUAAAGAUCCAAGACUCCAACGAGAUCUUGUAAAUAGACAUGGAGCUGAUGUGGAGGAAAAAUCUCUUACUAUUUGCAGUGGAACAGACUACAUUAAUAUUAAUUAUCAACAUAUUGUUUGCCCAAAUAUUGAAACUGCCAAGGCAUGGCAACAGAGCUUAAGGAAAAUCACUCAUAACAAUAAAAUUGUGAAUGUCUGCCCAAGAACAACUUUGAUGAAACAUUGGAUGAGGCUUGGAUUUUCAGUGGACCAAAAAGGUAAAAUACCCGUUAAAGUUAUCGCCCGAACUUUUGCUUCUGGAAAAACAGAAAAGCUUGUCUACCAAAUAUUGUUAGAGCUUGAUUUACCAUCUGGCAAAAAUGAUACUAUUGAACCAGAAGCAUUUACUUUUGACAAAUUCUACUCUUUGUAUCACAAGAUCUGCCCAAGAAAUGAUAUCGAGGAACUAUUUAGAAGCAUUGCUUCAGGAAGUGCUGAUUAUUUAACGCUGGACCAAUUUAUAAAUUUUCUUAAUGAAAAACAGCGGGACCCUAGAUUAAAUGAAAUCCUCUAUCCUCUGUAUGACGAAAAACGUGCCCAAGAAAUCAUAAACACUUACGAGCAAGAUGAGGAUUCAAGAACUGCAGGAAAACUUACCAAAGAUGGUUUAAUUAGAUAUUUAAUGUCCGAUGAAAACGCGCCAGUAUUCCUCGACCGCCUAGACAUUUACAUGGAAAUGGAUUUACCACUUUGCGCCUACUAUAUUAAUUCUAGUCACAAUACUUAUUUGUCUGGGCGACAAUUUGGUGGGAGAUCGUCUGUUGAAAUGUACAGACAAGUAUUGCUGGCAGGAUGUCGCUGCGUUGAACUUGACUGUUGGGAUGGUAAGGGCGAAGAUGAAGAACCAAUCAUUACUCACGGCAGAGCUAUGUGUACGGAUAUAUUAUUUAAAGAUGUUAUUUACGCCAUCAGAGACACGGCAUUUGUCACUUCCGAUUAUCCAGUCAUUCUUUCAUUUGAAAACCAUUGCUGCAAAUCUCAGCAACAUAAACUAGCCAAAUAUUGCGACGAAAUUUUGGGCGAUUUAUUGUUAAAAGAAUCAUUGGAAGAUUAUCCAUUAGAGCCAGGCGCUCCUCUUCCUCCACCGAAUUUACUGAAAAAGAAGAUUUUGAUAAAAAAUAAAAGAUUAAAACCGGAAGUUGAAAAACACGAGUUGGAGUUGUUUAAACAAGGUCAGUUUGUCAUUGAAGAUGAAGAAAAGGAAGACGCAAAUGCUAGCGCUGAUAGGCCUAUUCCACCUGAUGUAUCUCUAGAGAAUCCUCCAGAUGGUGGUGAAGGAGAAAUAGUACCUCCAACAUCUUACACUGGAUCUACCACCAAUGUGCAUCCUUGGUUGAGUUCAAUGGUUAACUAUGCUCAACCAGUAAAGUUUCAGGGCUUCGAUGUUGCCGAACAGAAAAACAUACAUCAUAAUAUGUCGAGUUUCUCAGAACCAGCAGGUUUGAACUACUUGAAAACUCAAGCUAUAGAAUUCGUUAAUUAUAAUAAAAGACAGAUGUCACGUAUUUAUCCUAGUGGUGCCAGAGCAAAUUCUUCCAACUACAUGCCACAAGUAUUUUGGAACGCUGGUUGUCAAAUGGUUUCUUUGAAUUUCCAAACGUCUGACCUGCCAAUGCAAUUAAACCAAGGCAAAUUUGAGUACAACGGCAAUUGCGGUUAUCUAUUGAAACCAGAUUUCAUGCGACGUCAUGAUAGGACUUUUGAUCCUUUCGCAGAAUGUCCUGUAGAUGGCGUAAUCGCAGCGCAGUGUGCAGUACAAGUUAUAGCGGGGCAGUUUUUGUCAGAUAAAAAGGUUGGUACGUACGUUGAAGUGGAUAUGUAUGGUUUGCCGACAGAUACUAUUAGAAGGGAAUUUCGUACUAGAAUGGUACCUUCGAAUGGUCUAAAUCCUGUUUAUAAUGAGGAACCGUUUUUGUUUAGAAAAGUUGUGUUACCCGAUUUGGCUGUUUUGAGAUUUGGCGUUUACGAUGAAAACGGAAAACUUUUGGGUCAGAGAAUUUUACCUCUUGACGGUCUGCAGGCCGGUUAUCGUCAUAUUUCUUUGAGAACUGAAGCUAACUUUCCCAUGUCUCUUCCGAUGCUUUUUUGUAACAUCGAGCUUAAGAUUUAUGUACCAGACGGUUUUGAAGAUUUCAUGGCAGCGUUAAGUGACCCUAGAGGCUUUAUGGGUGCUCAGCAAAAGCAAAAUGAGCAAAUGUCUUCCAUGGGAAUUGAGGUGACAUCCGACAAACCUGCAGAGAAAAAGGAAAAGAAAGAAGAACCGAAAUUGGUGUUUGAACCCAUAACCAUUGAGACCAUAAAACAGGACAAAGCCUUCCAAAAGACGACGAAAAAGCAGCAAAAGGAAUACGACACUUUGAAGAAAAAACAGACCAAAGAAAAAUUGGGCGUGCAGAAAACUCAAUGCGCGGCUAUUGAUAAAUUAAUUAAAGGGAAGAAUAAAAAUGAUCUUGUAAACGAUCCUGCAGUACGCAAAUUGGUUACCGAGCAAACGUUAGAGUGGAGCGCCUUGAUGGAACGUCAUCGCAAGCAGGAGUGGGAAUUUUUGAGGAAUCAGUUGGACGACCAAAGAGAUUUGUUACGAAAACACAUGGAAAUUCUCCAAGGAUUACAGAUGAAGCAAUUAGAAGCUAAACAUGAAAGGGAAAUGAAGGAAUUGAGCAGUUCGCAAGCCAAAAUUUCUGUUGAAACAGCCAAAGAGGUUGCCAAUGAUAAAAAUUUAAAAACAAAAAAAGACAAGGAGCGUAGGUUGAAGGAAAAGCAGCAAAACAACAACAAGCGUUUUGUUGACGAAAGAAAAACUGCUACCAUCAAGCAAGGACGUGAAACUGAAAAAUUGCAGUUGACACACAACAAGCAAUUAGAGAUGCUGUCCCAUGACAUACAAAAAAUGAUUGAAAUGUACAAAAACGAGGAGCUCGAAUAUGACAUGUCGAGCAAGAGUGAAUUUUUCGCCUAAAUAUAUGUUGUUUAUAAUUCUAUUCGAAUUCAGAAUACAUGUAUCGCAUUAAUAUUUUAAAAUUGUAUAAAAUUCAAAUUCUAAUAAAUUAUUUACCGUU